CAGCAUCAAGCAGCAGCAGCAGCUUCAGAACCUCCGACUGAUGAUGGAAACACGGAUGGAGAUUUAGUAGAGACCCGGGGAAGAGAUGCUGCGGCUGCUGUGAGGCAAAGCGAGGCGUGUUUAGCCCGUGUCAGCUUCAGCUACACCUGCCGUGGAUGAUUAUCUCGAUGGGUUGUGGAGGGAGUCGGGCGGACGCGAUCAUCGAGCCGAGGUACCAUGAAAGCUGGACAAGAGAAACAGAAUCGACAUGGCUUACAAACACGGAUGUAGAGACUCCUCUUCCAGUAGCAAACAGUAAACCUCUGGAAGCCAACCUAAGGGAGAAGAGGAUGGUGAACACAGGCACCCAGUGUGGAAAGCAGGCCCUCACCACCAGCAGCUCCAACCACCAGAGGAGACCCAGACGCUCCUUUAGUGAUCAAUCUACUCGUGACUCCAAAAGGAGGUCAUCAAAGGAGGCCAGUGCUUUGUCUAAGGAUGGGCAGUCCGUCAGUGUCACCAGUAGUGACGAUGCAGAACCUGGGAACACGUGUGAUGAAAGAUGAAACCGCGAGGAGGAAGAGUGCCGCAGCGGCGAGCACUUCUCCAGAGGAUGAGAUGGUGAUUUGCAGAUGUGCGUGGCGGAUUUUUAUUUAUUUAUUUAUUUUUUGCAAGAUCCUGGCUGUUGUUCGCAGUGAUUUACGACAUAAGCACCUGCGUACGUCUUCAUCCAAAGACCUGUGGAUGCUGCAUCUUCUUUGUGCCAUUGCAAAUGCAUGUGUGAAGAAGAGAGUGGGUAACAAGUAAAGUUCACACUUUAGACCGUGCUUCUCUCCCAUGCUUAUGGUGCCAGUCAGGGAAUGUGUCACUGUGUUCAUCCAAUGUGAAGAAGGAAAAAAAAACAAAAAAAAAAACAGAGACCAGAUUGUCCCAUAUGCACAUGAUAAUUACAAUCAGUGUGUUCUGUGUGAGGCCUUCCUAAGAAUUUGCUUCAGUUCUUUGUGCAAGUAUACUCCUUCUGUUGUGAAUGAAUACUAGUAGUAUGGGAACUAAUAACAAUGCUGUUUAACCUCAGUCAAUGCUGUAAGUAAUUUUCAUUUAAAAGAACCAGAAGUGCUGUUUAGAAGCUGAGAUUUGGAGGCGUGACGCUUGAAGGCUAAAGACUGCCUUUUCCAGCCUUUGCAAGAUAUACAAACACAUCCGCAUGUGCCUACAACUAAUCCUGAUUCAAAAUGCUGUUGUGAUCACUUUCAGAGUUUUUUUGUUUUUUUUAAGUUUAUUAUGUGUUCAACAAUUCUACUUUAUUCUCUGUUAUGUUGUAAAAUGCACACUUUAUAUUUAAUAUUGUAACAUGUAAUUCUUUGGCUUAAUACUGGUCUGCAUGUAUAGAUCGGUGCUAUGUUAAUUUAACCGAAGUCUCAGCCCAAACUUGAGCAAAAGCAAGCCAUUUAAAAUUAGUAAAUAUGAAAAAAAAAAAAAGCCUAUCCAGCACA